CCAGACAUCACCGAGCAGUCGUCGAGUGAAGAGAGUCGAGUCUGACAGAAUGAACUACCGCUGUGACAUGCAAUUGGACAGCCCCAGUGGGGUCUAUCGAGCCGGGGAGACAGUUAAUGGUCACAUAUAUCUAACCCUAACGGAGCGUGCCCUAAUAAAAGCCAUUUCCCUGGAAGCAAACGGAUUUGCAGCCACUGGAUGGCUGAAGCCACAAAAGGCAGGAAAACCGAAGAAAUCCCAGCAGCAAAAUCUUCAAGUGGAAAAGCAGCCUUUGGCCUUUGAGAAUCGUGUGGAUUACUUUGCUAAAAUCGAUUACUUUGUGGGAUCGGAGGCAUCGCAGCCACAGAUCAUAGAGGCCGGCACCUAUAGCUAUGGUUUCCAUGUGAAGUUGCCCAAGAAUUGUCCCAGCAGCCAUGAGGGCGCCCAUGGACACAUCCGAUAUACUUUGCAGCUGCUCAUUCACAGUAGUGCGGAUCGACCAAUAGACGUGAUCCACACACGCCAGCUGCAGGUCUACUCCGAGAGCGAACUGUGCAAGGAGUCCCGAAUCGGAGAAGUGCAGUGUCUGGAGCAGACGCCACGAAUGAAGUUCUGGCAGAAACCCCUGCAGCUGAAUUUGCAGAUUCCCCGCCAGGGAUACUCGCCCGGGGCGGGUAUUUCGGUGCAUGUGAAGCUGCACAAUCCCCAGCAGCUGCUGCUCACGGAGGUGGUCUACAGGCUCAACAUGGUCAGCACCUAUGUGGGCCUGCAAACGAACAAACCAAAGCGCCGGGACAUCAAAGUCGAGAGGCAAACGCUUCUGAGCAGCGGCCACGAACUGGUCAGCCAGCCCCGUAGCGAGCUGGAGCAUUUCCAACACCUUCAUAUGCUCCAAGUGCCCCAGACGCCGGCCACAUUAGCCUCGGCAGCCUGCGCCUGCCUGCAGAUCAACUACGAGGUAGAGGUCCUAGUGCGCACGCAGCAGGAGAAGCGCUCCAUCAUGGCACAAAUCCCCAUUACCAUUGGCAACGUGACGCCACCCUGUCCGAAUUCUAUACGUUCAAUGGAUCCCAUGAAUGCCUCGGCCCCGGAACAGACGCCCACGCCGGGCGCAGCCACGAAAUUGGCUCCCGACUUUAGCGUUUCCAUGACCUCAUUGGCCUCCAAUUUUCGCGAGGCGGAAUUUAUGACGGCCACCAAUUUGAAUAAGAACAACAAGCAUGCCCUGUCCGGGGAGCAACUGGACUUUAAGCCACGUUAUCUUUACUACGAACUGGACCAGAACCAGACCCAAGAAGAGAUCGUGUCCCAUUGAGUGGGCAGUGUAUUUACAAACUAUUUAUUUUACAAAUUAAGAAAUUCAUAACAAAAAAACGUUGGAAUUUUUUUACAAUCAAAUUUUGUUGGUAUUA